UGCAUAAUGUGAAAGAGGUAGGUGGUCAAUAUUAGUCAAAAAAUGAAUUCAACUUCGAGAAGAAAUUUCUUUGUUUAUGGAUUCUUGGUUAAAGAGCAGCAAAAGAUUAAAACUAUAAUUGAAUUGCAUCUGAGUUUGCUCGAGUCCAGGAAGCACUUCUUCCACAUCUUACCCAAGAAUGCUUAUCAGCCAUGCAUGCAACAAAUAUCUUCAAUAUCCACUCAAAGUUAAGCCCACCAAUAUUUUUCCAUUCAUAGUUUCUUUCUAGGUAGGCUCAAAGUGUACAGAGGUACAAACAACGAAGUUCAUUGCGGCUAAAACAUUCAGGUGAAUGGCUCAGCCGGCGCGGCUGUGCCUGAGGAGUUCAAAUUCUCCUUCAUGGUUCUUUUACAGCCAUUUCUUGAAACUUCCCACCCUUUCCAAACGGUAUUGCAGAAGGGACUAUGCAACUCCGGUAAUGCUAAAAAACCCACAAAAAUUGACGGGCAACUCGACCAUCUUUGGCUUAGAGUUGGGAAAGGGUGUCCAUAGACGUAAUCUUGAAUUAAGAAGCUUGGGUAAUCAAGGUAAAGUAAGUGAAGCCAGGAAGAUGUUCGAUGAAAUGCCGCAAAGAGAUGUCGUUUCUUAUGCUUCCAUGAUUACGAUUUAUCUUAAACAAAAUGAUCUUCCUAGAGCUGAAAGUUUGUAUAGUGCAAUGCCCGAGAGAAAUAUUGUAGCUGAUUCGGCAAUGGUGCACGCCUAUGCUAAGGUUGGUCAGCUGGAUCUUGCGCGGAAAAUAUUUGAUCGUAUGCCUUGUAGAAGUGUGUUUUCUUGGACUGGUUUGAUUUCUGGGUAUUUUAAACAUGGAAGGGUGGAUGAGGCUUGUGAACUCUUUCGACAAAUGCCUGAGAAAAACGUGGUUUCGUGGACUACAAUGUUGGUGGGUUUUGCUAGAAAUGGCUUGAUUGAUCAGGCGCAGGAAACUUUUGAUCAAAUGCCUGUCAAAAAUGUGGUUUCUUGGACAGCUAUGAUCAGGGCUUAUGUGGAGAGUGGUCAAGUUGAUCAGGCCUUUCAGCUUUUCUAUCAAAUGCCUGAACGUAAUCUCUAUUCCUGGAAUAUAAUGAUCCACGCCUGCUUGGAUUAUGACUUGGUGAAUGAGGCUGUGCGGCUGUUUAAUUCCAUGCCAUGGACGAAUGCAGUUUCUUGGACCACAAUGGUUACUGGUCUUGCACAGAAAGGAUUUAUUGAUUUGGCUCGGAAGUAUUUUGAUCAAAUGCCAAGCAAGGAUAUAAUUGCUUGGAAUGCUAUGGUAUCAGCCUAUGCUGAUCAUGGCAUCAUGUCUGAGGCUAGUAAGCUUUUCAGUUUGAUGCCAAAUCACAACGUGGUGACAUGGAAUGCCAUGAUUGAUGGGUAUGCCAAAAAUGGGCGUCAAGAUGAAGCUCUCAAGCACUUUGUUCUCAUGCUACGAAGCUCCAGUGGUGCUAACACAAUUACCCUCACUAGUGUAGUGAUUGCAUGUGAGGGAAUUGUUGAGCUGUUGCAAGCUCAUGGUCUUCUUGUCAAGCUAGGUCUUGAGCAAGCGACCUCAUUGACCAAUGCUCUUGUUACCAUGUACUCUAGGAGUGGAGAUCUUAGCUCAGCACGACUUGUCUUUGAGAAUCUUGAAGCGAAAGACAUUUUGUCAUGGACAGCGAUGAUUCUGGCGUACUCUAAUCAUGGUUAUGGUAACCAAGCAUUACAGAUAUUUGCUCAGAUGUUGCGAUCAGGCAAUAAACCAGACGAGGUUACGUUUGUGGGAGUCUUGACGGCCUGUAGUCAUGCAGGUCUUGUCAAGAAAGGCCAAAGGCUUUUUGACUCCAUGAGGUCUGCAUAUAAUAUCAUUCCCAAUAAAGAGCAUUACUGUUGUCUUGUUGACAUCCUUGGUCGAGCGGGGCUAGUCAAUGAGGCUGUCAAGGUGGUUUGCCAAAUGCCUCCAGGUGAAUGUGAUGUUGCUGUUUUAGGAGCACUACUUGGCUCGUGCAAGUUAUAUGGGGAGGUCGCCCUGGCAAAGCUUUUGGGUGAGAAAUUAUUAGAGCUGGAGCCAUCUAGUUCAGGAAGUUAUGUGCUUCUAUCUAACUUGUAUGCUGCUUGCGGUUUGUGGGACAAUUUUGCUCAUAUAAGAAAGAGGAUGAAGGAGAGUAGAGUGAAUAAAGUACCUGGUUUUAGUCAAGUAGAAGUAAAGGGUGAGAAUCAUGUGUUUUACGCAGGGGACAGAUCUCAUAAGGAAAUGGAGCAGAUUUAUGCUGCACUGAAGGAGAAGCUUCUACCGGUGAUGCAAGAUAAAUAUUGCAUGUACGAAGCUGUAGCAGUAUAGAUUGACAUGGAAUUACAUUUAGAGCUUGUGCUACGGUGUGGUGAUGCAAUUUUUGAUUGCUGGGAUAUGCUUUCCACUAAAUUGAUGCACAGUGCUGCAACAGCUGAAUUGGUGGAAAUGCUGCUGAAAAGCACGGAGUUCCAAGGGUAUGCAUUUGACGGGGCCAAGGUGAAGAAGAGAGAAAAGGAGACCGGUAAUUUAGAGAAGAGAUGCUGCCUAUAUUUUGGACUUCCAAAUAGAUCAAGUUUCCUAUUGCUUAACUUUGUGCAGCUAAAUUGAGCCCUCGUGAAACAAAUCAAUAUCAGAUAGGCUUCCCAAUUGUUCCAGCAGAAAGAAAAGCUUAGGACUUUGCUUUGCAUAAGAGAUUCUCAAAGCUGAAGAUUCUUACUUAUCUAACCAAGACUAUCAAACAGGGUUCCAUAACAAAGCAAAAAUAGGAGGCCUGGCAAUGGUAAUGCAGGUUUAUUUGAUGACUGAAAUGCCCUAUACUUGUACAGAUUUCUGCAGGCUUCCUAACAGGGAGAAAAGGGUCAAAAGGUUCUUUGAUCAAAACAAGGUCCAUACCUUUCCUAUGUUGGAAGUUACAGGUCCGAUUCAAACUCUCCUAGAUACCUUGUUGGUCUUCAUCAGAUAGAUGACACUUAAUUGGCAUCUAUCCUGAGAAGCUUCUUGCAUUCCAUGUUCACAAGUGUUACUUUCAAAUGAACUAACUAACUCAGUAGCUGCUUCUGUUGUUCUUUAUUGUGAGUAUUCCCCGGAUACCCGGUUCAUUGUUUCUUUUUUUGAGGCACAUUUUCUUUGUAAACAUGACAAUACAAAAGACUGAAAUAAGAGAAAGUCGAUAUAGCGCAGAUGGAUUUACCGAACAAUUUAAUACCAUUUAAGAGCAAGUUCAGUACAGAAUCAUUUUUCUGCUGGUGAUCCAGUUCUAA